AAAUAAGAAAAUAACAGUAAUUAUCCAUACACACAUCCAGAGAGAGAGAAAACAAUAACAAUAAAUUUUUCUCAGAUUCACGCUCUCUCUCUCUCUCCAAUCUCCUUCGCUUCUCUUUCUCUCUCUAGAAAAUUUUCGAGGGGUUGUUUCGUGGAAACGUCGUUAUCGCCGCCGCCACCGCCGCCGCAUUGGAUCGGAGAUGAGUUGGGAUGAGGGGAGGGGGAGAGGGCUGAUUCUUUGAAUCUUGAGCCGUUUCCUUCUUUAGAGAGAGAGAGAGAGAGUGAGAGAUUGAGAUUUGAGGAGAGAGAAAGAGAGGGGGAGGGGAGAGAGAGAGAGAGUAUGUGCGAUUUGGUGGCCCGCACGGGUCGGCAUCAGCAGCGAUACAAGGAUGGGUAUCGCCUUGUCGCGGGGUGUGUACCAUUCAAAUAUUUUAGCUGCGAUGAGAAUUGUGAUACAAAUACGAAGAAAAUCAUAAAAGUUCUUAUGAUUAAUUCAACUAGUGGGCCAGGCCUUUUGUUUCCAAAGGGAGGAUGGGAAAAUGACGAAACUGUUACAGAGGCAGCUGUACGAGAAGCCAUUGAAGAAGCAGGCGUUAGAGGAGUCGUCAAGGAAUACCUGGAUGAUUAUGAAUUUAGAAGCAAGAGUCACCAGGAUGAGUUGAGCCCCGAAGGAUGGUGCAAAGCAUCAAUGUUUGCCUUGUAUGUCGACGAGGAACUAGAGUCAUGGCCAGAACAAGAAACUCGCGAGAGGAAGUGGCUUACAAUUCAAGAAGCUGCUCAACUCUGUAGGCAUAGUUGGAUGAAGGAUGCCCUCUUUAAAUUCGCAGAGUAUUAUGAUAAUGCUGAUAACAAUGAUAGCAAUAUCACUACAGAAGACGAUUCAAUCCCUGCAUCAAGAUAACAGACAGGGUUGCAUCCAAAAGCAGCUGGAAAACAUUAGAAGCCGACUACUUGCAAGUUUCUCUCUCUUCUAUUUGUUUAUGGGGAUACAAAGGAUCGGUAGUGACUCUUCUCCAAUGUUUUAAGGUUCUCAAUGUUUUCGGUCAGUUGGGUGCUACUUUUUUAUGCUCUUACUUAUGUAAUUUUAUUUAGUGGGAAUCAACUUUUGAAACUUACACAUUGCAACAGAUACGGAUACAUCGCUGGUGGUAAUUGCUCUAAAUAGUGAUGUAUCCUUGCUUCUGAGGUUGCGUACCAAAAAUGUUAGGGCCCCAAGCGACAUGUAUUUGGUCAAAUUGUGUAUGGAGAUAUAAUGCUUUGGUGCUCCUCUAAAACAGGGCUGUAGAAUGUUAAUCUCUCACUAUCAUGGCAAUGUGUCUUGGAGGGUUAUCUCCGCCGUAACUGCGAAAUGUAAACAAAUUCAUUGGCUCU